AUGUGAGCUGGUGUGCAUUACAGAGAAUGCAUAAAGGCAGAGGACAGUACGCGCCCCUGGAUGGGAGCUGCUGAAGUCGCAGCCACUCCACUCCAGGUUUUGCCCUGCCCUUGUGCGCUCUUCUAGCCGUGCAGCGUGCGUCCCCGCUGCGUUUCGCUUCCCUCACACUGUCAUAAAGACAGGACCGCCGUGUCUCUCUUCCCGUGUAUGUGUGUGUGUGUGUUUGUGUGUGCGAGAGGGAGAGAGGGAGAGAGAGAGAGAAGUUGUUGGCGCCUCUAUUGAGCACCAGGGAUUUCUUCAAGCUCGGACUAUUCGUGCGCUUUGACUUCUCUUUCCGAGUGGAAGAUGUGGCGGACGCAUAUAAAGUGAGGAGUUAUUUUUUUCUCCCUUUUUUUUAUAUAAAUCUUUAUUUUAUUUUUUAUAAACCAACACCUGCCAUCGCGCUGAUUUGGAGAGAUCUACCACCUUUUGGAUUUCUUUUCCACCGGAGCUCGUGCAUUUCUGUGUGAAGCACCAGGAUUUCACUGAUGAAUGCGAUGUGGAGUCUGCAGCUCGCCUUAUGUACUCUGUCGGCGCUGUCCCUGUCAUCAGCUGGGGAAAGCAAAGCGCGGAGCUGUAAUGAGGUUAGACAGGCUUAUAGCGCGAAAGGAUUCAGCCUCCUCAAUGUACCUCAUCAGGAAAUAUCAGGUGAGCACCUUCGUGUCUGUCCUCAGGGAUACACCUGCUGCACAUCUGAGAUGGAGGACAAACUCAACCAGCAGAGCAAAGUGGAGUUUGAGGAUUUGGUCAAAGAGAAAAGCCACAUUAUGAGAACGACGUUCAUCACCGGGCAUAAAAAGUUUGAUGAGUUUUUCUUGGAGCUGCUGGACAACUCUGAAAAGUCUCUCAACAGUAUGUUCACAAAGACGUAUGGGAAGCUAUACAUGCAGAACUCUGAGAUGUUUCAGGACCUAUUCACUGAACUGAAGCGCUACUACACAGGGGGCAACGUAAACCUGGAGGAGAUGUUGAAUGACUUCUGGUUAAGGCUGCUGGAGCGAAUGUUCCAGUUACUCAAUUCCCAGUACCACUUCACAGAUGACUACCUGGAGUGUAUCACCAAAUACGCAGAUCAGCUAAAGCCUUUUGGAGACGUGCCCAGGAAGCUAAAGGCUCAGGUUACCAGGGCAUUCAUUGCUGCACGUACAUUUGUCCAAGGGCUAAUGGUGGGCCGGGAGGUUGCCAACAGGGUCGCUAAGGUGAACGUAGCUCCGGCGUGCGUCAAAGCCUUGACCAAGAUGCGGUACUGUCCAUACUGCCGCGGCAUGCCUGGGCUGACACCCUGCCAUGGCUACUGCUACAACGUCAUGAGGGGCUGUCUGGCUAAUCAGGCAGACCUGGAUGCAGAAUGGAACCUUUUCAUUGACGCCAUGCUGCUGGUUGCAGACAGACUGGUGGGCCCUUUCAACAUUGAAGCAGUUAUAGAGCCAAUCGACAUCAAGAUCUCUGAGGCCAUCAUGACCAUGCAGGACAACAGCAUGCACGUGUCAGCAAAGGUUUUUCAAGGAUGCGGACAGCCGAAGCCAUCGGGAAUAGGCAGGUCUGCACGAGGCGUCUCAGAUGUGUUUAGUUCUCGCUUCAAGCCUUACACACCUGAACAGAGACCUACCACAGCAAGUGGGACAAGCCUGGACAGACUGAGGGUUGUCUGGAGGACAAUGCAACACAGUGUGAUUGACAUCAAAGAGAAGUUGAAGGAGUCCAAGAGGUUCUGGUCUAAAUUGCCAGAUGACAUCUGUGCCGAAGGCAAACUCACAGAGUCUGAUGAGGAGCAGUGCUGGAACAGCCACACGAAGGGCAGAUAUUUCCCUGAAGUAGUAAAGGAGGGUUUAACAAAUCAGAUGAGCAACCCAGAGGUGGAUGUGGACAUCACCAGACCUGACACACUGAUUCGGCAACAGAUCAUGGCUCUACGAGUCAUGACCAACAAGUUAAAGAACGCCUACAACGGCAAUGACAUCUACUUCCAGGACUCCAGUGAUGAGGGCAGCAGUUCUGGCAGCGGCAGCGGCUGCUCCGACGGCUGCACGACAGAGCUGGUUUUUGUUGCAACAGAAGCUCCUGUGAUCGGAGCCGACAGGAGCAACGAACGAGCUGCAGCCGCCGCUGCAGGCAAGUCACUUUCCCGCGGACCCUCCACUCUGCUGGUGAUGGCAUCCCUCACCCUCCCACUUUGGGCAUUGCAGACUCAGUGGAGAUAAUAUAGUGUGGCCUGAUCACCGACUUUUACACUGUUACGUAACAGUACAUUUUACAGCAAAUCAUACUGCUGUUCCCUCACUGGACGUGUAGAACCUCCUGGAAACGUGGAGAAUGGCUGGCAUGAUGGUUAUGGUAGAAGUGGAAGUGAGUGCAGUGCUGCAUCCUGCUUGCCCCUCCCUUAGCGAAUGUUCUGUGCCAUCAGUGUGCCGGCCUUCACAUCUCUAAAGAAAAAACAACAAAGAAAAAUGUGGUGUUUUCUCAUUGUUCUAAAGUGUGCUUUGAAAAACACACUUCUCCUGUAUGAAACGGAACUAUCGUCAGGUAGUUCAUGUCAGUGAGUUUUCACUCGAAGGGGAACCUAUUUUUUAUUUUCCUUUGUAUGACAAAGCGAAAAGAAGACAGUACCUUUUCUACCAUAUUAGUUGUCCUUCCCUCAAACAAAAAGAGAAGGUUUUACUGUGUGCAUGCAUGGAUAGGAUGUAAACAGACAAUAUAUUUUUGGUUAUAUAUUUCUUUCUCAUUUUAUUUUACUCUAUGUAGGCAGGCUACACCGUUUUGGAUUUGUUGGCAUAGGACUGCGCAGCACUAGCAGUUUGUUUGGUUUCGUCCUUGGUCGUGUCAACGUGGCUUCAGGAAGCAGGAGGUCUGACAGCCACCCUACUGUUGCACAUUUGAUUGUCUCUACUCAAGUGCUAAUGUUCUGCACUAGGAAAACUACUUUGCACAGAUUAUUUUCUUGGCUUUGUGUCCUUAUAAAGCUGCAAGAAGCAUCCACCACAUAGAGAAAAAGAUUUAUAUUUUCAGAUCAUUUAACAAAUUGUAUUGUGCUUAUAAGCAGUUACAGUAUGUAAUUCACUGGGAAAUGCUGUAAUAUAACCUUACUGGUUUAGGCCAUUGCUACAUUUUUCAUACAGUUUUUUAUUUUUAUUUUUUUGUGUUUUCUUUUUUCAAACAAUACGUCAGCAACAAUAUCGCGCCAUUAUGCUACAAAGCCUGCUAACAAUACUGAGUUGCGUGCUUUUGUUUGGGUCAUUAACAUGCACUUACACAAUUCUUUAUCCUCAGAGGACUGAGAGAAUAAUGAUGCUAGAUACUUGGCAAGUGAAAAUUAAUUUUAUGUAUUUCCCUGGAUACCACGCUUUAAUAAUCUAUGAUUAUUAUUCAUUUGUUUUCAUUUCGUUUAUAUAAGCCUACAAAUUGUACUUUAGUCUUCUGUAAGCCUCAGCAGCCCCCAGACGGCCUUUGCGGGUUACAAAUUGUGAAGCGACACCCUAAAAUUUGCAUGUUUUUUGUUUGACUAAUGAGAGGAAAGAAAGCAGCUAGAGGCCAUGUGAUUAUAUGUGACAUGUGCUUUGUCACCUCUAAAAAGUAGAAUGGUGUGUCAAGGUUAGAGGACUAAAGUUCUCUUAGUGGUAGGGUUACUUCUCAUAACCUUCAGCGUGUCUCCUGCAGGCUUCGACCUUUACCGGGCUGCAGAGACUUAGAGAGAAAAGCAAAUAGCAUGCACUCAACAAAUAACACAAUGCCCGAGACCCCCGGUGAUAGGAAAAAAAGGUUAGUUUUUAAAAAUGUUGCAGACUGAAAUUACACUACAAAUUUUUAAGAGUCUCACGCCAGAGAUGAAGAAUGCUUCUCUCGUGUGUUUGCAGGAUCCAGGUGCUCAUAAGCACACAAAUGUCCUUUGUCAUAACGAAGACCUCUCUAAAUGCAUCGCUGUGACAAAUUAGCAGCUGCUCUGAUUUUUUUUUUUUAGAGACCAUGUUUCUCCUGUAGCGUAUGAAGGUGAGGAUUGGACAAAAAGAGGCUCCCCUCUGACUGUCACCCACAGGCAGCGCGAGGUGAGAAUGAGAGCAGCAUCACGGCCAGCUUCACACAGAGCACCAGAAGGGAAAUCUGUCCUCGGUGUGCUCGUGUGACUCACAACAGAGGCCCCGAGCGCCACAGGAAGCACCCAACACACGACGGUUGACCUGUGUCGCCUCACUCCUUGCAGAAAUCUAUUUAGGAGAAGAUGACUGAACAGCAGCCUCCCACCAAAACCAGCGUGGAAGGAUUAAAUCACUGAUGUGUGAACCUUAAUUGGAGAAUGCAACAGGCUAAGGCCCGAGGAAAAACUCAGGAGUGAUUAACGCAAGGUCCCCUUUCAUGUCACGCUGUCCAGUAAUAAAUCAAUGCAGCAACAUAGAACUUCUUGUUCCAUCCUUCAGGUUGGGAGCUUUUUCAGUUGACACAAAACUAACAAGACCAUACAGAUAUUACAACACAAAGCUAAAAUAAAGACUAUGAAUAUUACAGUUAAUUUUUAAUCCCAUAAUAAUUAACAAAAGGUUUAAUGUUUUUGCUCCUUAACCAGUUUUUGCAAACUUCAAUUUCUGUCCUUCAGUCCAUGAGUGCAUCAUAUUAAAGCUGGGAUAUGGGCAGUUUAGGUUUCGGUAGAAAGAUUAGCAUUUCUUUCCACUGCUUGUGAAAGCGUCACAAAACGGCCGCAAAGCAUAUGAUGUGGCAAUUAAGCCUAGUUUAUGCUCCUCCUCUACUCCGUAACCUGGGGAGUGUUGCAAAGCAAUUCCUCACCAAGACAACAGAGGGCGUAUCGCUUUUCUGAGAUAGCCUGUCAUGUGUCUACUCCAAGCUAAUGCAUUUACUAUUGUGUUUUUUUGUAUUUCAGACACUUUUUAACACGGACAAAUUUGUCCCCCAUUCUCCUCUAACUCUUUAUGCGCUCACCACCUCGAAACCUACGUUUCGCGUCAUUUCCGUCCACAAAUAAAAUGCUUGCUGUGUAUCUUUUUACUCCUCCAGUCAUGGGUGAAUAAAGCCUUCAAGUUUUCAGAAUUUUUCCGCGAGGUAUUCUUCAGGCUGUGUCGUGGCUGCCACUAGAUAUGUUCCACUCUGUUUUAUUUUUUUGAGAAGGCAAAGGCGGUGCUGCUGACAAAUUUAUGGUAAAACAAUCACGAGCUUGUGCUCUCCGUCACGUUCGACGAGUGUUUAGAAAAGCGGGUUUGAACGUUCCACAUCAGAAUUGCUCCCGUUGGGAAUGAGCUUGUGGGCAAAGUACCGCUAUUACGUUGCGCGACCGCUUUCAUGUCUAGUGGAAAGAAGGGGUUAAAAUCUAAAUUUUUCCAUUGACGUUUUGCAGUUUGUCCAUAAAUGUGUGUGAAAGUCAUUGGAACAUUUAGAAAUAGUGUUUCUCCAGUGAAGCUCAAAGAGAGUUUGCGAAUUUUUAUUUAAACUUGCAGCGUUACAUCAAAGUAAAUCUGCAGGAAUUUCAGUGCAAAGAGGGCAGUGGUUCAACCCUAAAAUAGACACACAUCAUCUUCAAAAUUCCCACAAGAACAAGCAAACAGCAUCAUCACUUACAUAGAUGCUUAUGAAAACAGAAAUGUGCCUUUUAUGGCUACCUUGUCCAGAGCUGGCAUUGACUUAUCGACUCCUCAUGUCUGACCACCGAGCAGUGGAAACUCAUACUGCAGUAAGACACAUCUGUAUUCCAAAACAUCAGACUCCUCGCUGGUAUAGGGCAUGGUGUCUGUGCAUUUGAAAAGAUGAUUUACGCUUCUGUAAUGGCAGCAAUAAUACCAAAAAAAGGACACUUUUAAAGGGACAGACGCUGCUUUUAAGAUGAAAUCCUUUCCAAGCGUGGGCAUGCAUUUUUCAAAAGCUUAUCUCAGCUUUAUUCAAAUCAGACUUUUAAAGCAGACAUUCAUUCAAAAGUUUGUUUUACAAGUAUAAAAAGUCACAGAUGAGCAAAUGAUGCAUCACUUCUGACAUUCUUUAAGAAGAUUAACAGAGUCUACCAAAAAAAUCAAAGUAAAGUUCAAGUUUUAUUAGUUUUAAAUAAAAUGUAUUUUAUUCUCUUCCAAAUAAAAAUAUGUUUGGAAGUUGGUAUGAUUGAGGGCAGUUUUGGCUAAAAAAUGUGUCACUUUGUCUGGAAAAAUUGAGAUCUUAGAAUUAGAAACUUACAGAUGAUGUAACAUCUGUUGGAGCAUCUUUAAGGCUAAAAAGAGGCCAAAAGGAGAAACAUUAAAUUAUGUCAUAAAUUAGUUUAAUUCACCUGUUCUGUGGCUAACAGCAUAUAUAGAAAAUUACAUUAGAUGAACUGGGUAAAAGUCUGUCAUGGAUCUAUAUGUUAGAGCAUUGCUUUAGUAAAAGAUCCUCACGAUUGUGAUUUUAUUUCUCAGAAG